AUGCCCUUCCAACGUUUGAUUCGGUUUGAAGACGAAAAUGGGGAAGUCUGCCUUGGCAAUCUCAGCGAAGAAAUCCACACCCAGAAGAUAGAAGGGUCCAAAGUCCAUUUGCUGCACGAUGAUGGUGCCAAUUCCUAUUCAGUCGGGCACGAAACAAGAACUGUCAAGAAGCUAUUGUCUCCUCUAGCAGCGACGCCACUUGUCAUUUGUGUUGGACUGAAUUAUCAUGCGCAUGCUACAGAAGCGUCUCUUACGAUUCCUAAAUAUCCUGUUAUUUUCACCAAACCUGCCGAUGCGCUAGCCGGGCCUUUCGAUAGCAUUUCCGUUCAUCCCGACGCUCAAGUCAUGCUUGACUAUGAGGGCGAACUGACAGUAGUGAUCGGACGAGAUGCAAAGAACGUAUCGGAGGAGAAGGCGCUGAACUACGUGCUGGGCUAUACGGCUGGGAAUGAUGUCUCGGCUCGCAAUUUUCAGACUCCUGACGUCUCAGGUGGUCAGUUUUGCUAUGCAAAGUCCUUCGACAAGUUUGCACCUAUUGGGCCGGCUAUAGUCUCAACGUCGAUUAUUCCGGAUCCUGCGAAGCUCGAAUAUACAACCAAGGUGAACGGCGAGCUUCGCCAAAAGACAAAAACGUCGGAUUUAAUCUGGAGUGUGAGACAGCUUAUAGCACAUCUCAGUCGGGGGACAACACUGAGGAAAGGGACUCUGAUUAUGACUGGGACACCUUCUGGUGUGGGAUUCUUCAUGAACCCCAAAGGUUUUCUUAAAAACGGGGAUGUGGUUGAGAUUGAAAUCUCUCAGAUAGGGCUUAUUGCCAACAAGUUUGAGUUUUAA